CUAUUGACAUCUUUUGACAUUUAGUUUGACAUAACCAAAAAAUAAAGCUUAUGUUUUGACAUUGACAGUUCUUUUAAGUCCAUUUCUCUCCCAGUGGCAUUACACGCGUUUAGUCGUAACUCUAAUAAACGCAACGAUGUCGGGAGGAUUAGAUAUAUUGGCCCUCAAUGAGGAAGAUGUCACCAAAAUGCUUGCAGCAACAACCCAUCUGGGUUCGGAGAACGUCCAUUUCCAGAUGGAAACCUACGUUUACAAGCGCCGCGCUGAUGGUACCCACGUGAUCAACUUGCGCCGCACUUGGGAGAAGCUUGUUUUGGCGGCCCGUGCUGUGGUUGCUAUCGAGAACCCUGCUGAUGUUUUCGUCAUCUCAUCUCGUCCCUUCGGUCAGCGAGCUGUCCUUAAGUUCGCUGCUCACACUGGCGCAACUCCAAUCGCUGGACGUUUCACUCCUGGUGCAUUCACUAACCAGAUUCAAGCUGCUUUCCGUGAGCCUCGUCUCUUAAUUGUCCUGGACCCAGCUCAGGAUCACCAGCCCAUCACUGAGGCUUCAUAUGUCAACAUUCCAGUCAUUGCUUUUUGCAACACUGACUCUCCACUGAGAUUUGUUGACAUUGCAAUUCCAUGCAACACUAAGUCUUCGCACUCUAUCGGUUUGAUGUGGUGGCUCCUUGCCCGUGAGGUCCUGCGAUUGCGCGGUACCCUGCCCCGCGACCAACGCUGGGAUGUCGUAGUGGACCUGUUCUUCUACCGCGACCCUGAAGAAAGUGAGAAGGAAGAACAGCAAGCCAAGGAGCAGCAAGCCGUGGUGGCGGCCAAGCCGGAGGUGCCGGCGGCGGUGCACGAGGAGUGGUCGGAGCCGGUGGAGGCGGUGACGUCGUGGGCGGAGGACGCCGCGCCCGCCGCGCCCGCGCCCGCCUUCGGCGCGCCGCCCGCCCAGGAGGACUGGGCUGCUCAGGUGCAAGACGAGUGGUCGUCAGCAGCCGCGCCCGCCGCGCCCGCCGCCGCCGCCCCGUCGUGGGGGGGCUCCGCCAACGACUGGAGCGCCAGCUAGACUACUUGCUUUGGUUAAUAUACUGUAACACAUA